UAAAUAGCAGUACACAAAGAAUCAAAGAUAUGGACUUUGGUUUGAGUGCAUUAGGAUAAAAUAGUCUAGGCCUAAUUAAAAUCUAAUAGAAACGAAAGAUAUUUUGCACCCCUCAUGAUGGAUGAGAUGAAUGUGUGAGUGUUUCCAGAUCUUUCCUGAAUUUCCAAAAUGAGGCUUUUAUCUGGGCAGUCUUCUGCCUACAUCACCUACACCAAGCAUGCAUUCCUACCUAUCAGGUGCACCCAGGUUUUGAGGCUCAGGCCUGCAACCUUUGUUUUAUGCCAGAGAAACCUCGAUGCUAAAUAUAACUCUAAACCAAACUGGAAUACCAAACAUAUUUCUACAUUAAGUUUACCGUCAGAAAAAUUAGCCUCUCAGCAUUUAAAAAAAUGUGUACUUGGAACUCAACACAAUAAAAAUUCAACAGGCAGUAAUGAAAAUAUAAAAGGGUUUUACAGAAACAUUUCUCUAGCUUUAAUAACAGGAUGGAUUGCUUAUCAAACCUACAGAAGUGAUAGAACAAGACGGAAGUUUUUCAAGUUUGUGACAACUGCCACUUGUGACACUACCCCUGACAACUGUGACAACACAAGUGCCAUUGACAGCUUCAAGUCCAAAAGUCACAAGCCUGUCAAACAACGCAAGAAAUGUGGGUCCCAUAAAACUAAGGUCUCUCUCUCUGAGGCAAUAGACAAAGCCAGGGAACUUUGUAUAAGGAGGAAGGAUGAAGUAGGCAGCCCUGGAAUUGUGAUUUGUGUGAGUGUAGAUGGCAGACAGGUUUAUGCUGAGGGUUUUGGUUACGCUGACCUAGAAAACCACACCCCCAUGCGACCGUCCUCCAUGCUGCGUAUCGCCAGCAUCAGCAAGUCUGUGACUGCGGCCAUCAUGGCGCGCCUGUGUGACCAGAACCUUCUAGACCUGGACAAGCCUGUCCAGCACUACGUCCCAGAGUUCCCUGUUAAAGAGUUCAUGGGAGAGAAGGUUGAAAUAACAGUCAGACAACUGUUGAACCACACUUCAGGGAUACGGAGCUAUAAGACCUCCAAGGACCCAGUUGCUGCCCUUGAUAAGCCAAUACACAAUUUGAUUGAGACGUUCAACACAGCAGCCACAAUGCCCUUCUAUGUUGCUGGGCCAGAAAGGAAGGCAACUACCAAAAGCACUGCAUCCAAUAUUGAAGAUAGGAACGAUAUCACUAUAGAUGUGGGUGGUAAGGAUGUUUAUCAGGCAGACGGCAAGGAGUUUUACCUGACAGAGAGAUAUGCCAGCACUAAAGACGCCUUGAACCUGUUCAAAGAUGACCCACUUGUUUCCAAGCCAGGGGCCAGAUACCUGUACAGCACGUUGUCCUACACCCUGCUGGCCGCUGUGGUGGAGUCUGUGACCAAGAAGCCCUUCACGGAGACGGUCACGGAGACACUGAGGACCCUGGGGCUAGGGGACACCUGCCUGGACACCCAUGAGGCCAUUGUUUACAACCGAGCAAGGUCCUAUGUAAAAACCAAGAAAGGUCGUGUGAUGAAUGCGCCGUAUGUUGACCUGUCCUACAAAUGGGCAGGUGGGGGGCUGUUGUCCACUGUCGAAGAUGUGGUCAAGUUUGGCAACAUUCUUCUAUACUCUGCCCAGCACAAGAAGAAAGACUCAGGAGUGCGUGGUUUCCUUAAGUCUUCUACAGUCUGGAAGUUCUGGGCGCCAGAGGUCAAAACUGGGAAAGAUUCCGCUUACGGGCUGGGGUUUGAAGUCCACCCUAAAAGGGAAAGUUUUGGGAUGUGCGGACAACAUACCUUUGGUGUAGGUCAUACAGGUGGCGCUGUUGGUGUCAGCAGUGCUUUGUUUAUCCUCCCAAGAGAAUCUUUCACUUCCAAGAAAGGUCUCAAACCAAAGGACAACUCUCAAAAACAGGGUGAUGCGGCCCCUUGUGGCUUAACCAACCAAUCGAAAUCUGGCUCUAAUCAAGCUGUAGAUUUCAGCCAAUCACAGCUGUGUAAACAAACAACCAGUAAGAAGGGGGUAAACAAGAGGGCCGUACCUCCACAGGGUGUGGUUGUGGCAAUCAUCAUCAACAUGAUUGAUGUCUCCGUCAACGACGUCGCCCAGCAGAUUGCACGUAUGUUUGCGGAUGUUGAUGUAUCUCAUUAAUUUGUAUGUUUGCGGAUGUUGAUGUAUCUCAUUAAUUUGUAUGUUUGCGGAUGUUGAUGUAUCUCAUUAAUUUGUAUGUUUGAGGAUGUUGAUGUAUCUAAUUAAUUUGUAUGUUUGCGGAUGUUGAUGUAUCUCAUUAAUUUGUAUGUUUGCGGAUGUUGAUGUAUCUCAUUAAUUUGUAUGUUUGCGGAUGUUGAUGUAUCUCAUUAAUUUGUAUGUUUGAGGAUGUUGAUGUAUCUAAUUAAUUUGUAUGUUUGCGGAUGUUAAUGUAUCUAAUUAAUUUGUAUGUUUGCGGAUGUUGAUGUAUCUCAUUAAUUUGUAUGUUUGAGGAUGUUGAUGUAUCUAAUUAAUUUGUAUGUUUGCGGAUGUUAAUGUAUCUAAUUAAUUUGUAUGUUUGAGGAUGUUGAUGUAUCUAAUUAAUUUGUAUGUUUGCGGAUGUUAAUGUAUCUAAUUAAUUUGUAUGUUUGCGGAUGUUGAUGUAUCUCAUUAAUUUGUAUGUUUGAGGAUGUUGAUGUAUCUAAUUAAUUUGUAUGUUUGCGGAUGUUAAUGUAUCUAAUUAAUUUGUAUGUUUGAGGAUGUUGAUGUAUCUAAUUAAUUUGUAUGUUUGCGGAUGUUAAUGUAUCUAAUUAAUUUGUAUGUUUGCGGAUGUUGAUGUAUCUCAUUAAUUUGUCAUGGAAGAAAGUAAAUUAAUUUUUCAUAAGUUAAAUAAAAUGUAAUAAAUUAACUAGUUGGAU